GCUGCAUCCUCGUUCAAGACCUCUCUAAGAAACGAGACAGGAGGCUGAAAAGGGACCGGAGACGACUGACGAGACACAAGCCAGCGAGAACGCUCUGACCAACUUACGUCAUGCUUUUGAUAAUCCAGAGAUCUUGCCGGUGCGUGCCUACCAUCCGGAGGCUGCAUGUAUCUGCCCUGGAAGUGGCUGAACGCCCAGGCCCAGAGGAAACGGUGACUGCCAGCUUUGCCGCAUUCAUCCACGGCCUGCAGCCGGAGCAGCUGACGCAAAAAGUGUUGCAGCGGAGCAAGAGGAUGGCGCUGGACAGCAUUGGCGUGGGCAUCGUCGGCAGCACCACCUAUGUGUUUCAGCUGGUCCUGCAGCACUGCCAGCAAAUGUACGCCCCCGAUCACAGCAGCUCAGUCUACGGCCGCCCAGGCACUAAGCUUUCUCCAACGCUGGCUGCCUUAGUCAACGGAGUGGCAUCUCACUCCAUGGACUUUGACGACACCUGGCACCCAGCCACCCAUCCCUCGGGCGCCGUGCUACCCGCCCUCCUGGCCAUCAGUGACAUGCUACCCAGAAACAGCAAGCCUAGCGGGAUGGACCUGCUGAUAGCAUUCAACGUGGGCAUUGAGAUCCAGGGCAGGCUGCUACGGUUCUCCAACGAGGCCCAGAACAUCCCCAAGAGCAGGUUCCACCCCCCCACUGUGGUGGGCCCCAUGGGAAGUGCUGCAGCCUGCGCUCGCCUCCUGUCCCUGGACCGCAUUCAGUGCAGCCACGCCUUGGCUAUAGCUGCAUCCCUGGCGGGGGCACCCAUGGCAAAUGCGGCCACGCAGUCCAAGCCUCUUCACAUCGGCAAUGCAUCGCGACAGGGCCUAGAGGCUGCGUUCCUGGCAUCGCGUGGCUUGCAGGCUAGUUCCCUGAUGCUGGACUCCGUUCCUGGAGUGUCUGGCUUCAGUGCCUUCUAUGAGGACUAUGCUCCUCAACCGUUGCCUUCCCCCGAGGAGGUGGAACCCUCGUUCCUGCUGGAAGAGCAGGACAUGGGCUUCAAGCGCUUCCCUGCCCACCUGGGCAUGCACUGGGUGGCCGACGCGGCUGCCUCCAUCCACAAGCAGCUGGUCGGCUCCCACAACGGUAACUUCAACCCAGCAUUCAUCCAAGACAUCCUGCUGAGGAUCCCUCCCUCCAAGUACAUCAAUAGGCCAUUCCCUGAGUCCGAGCAUGAGGCCCGCCAUUCAUUCCAGUUCAACGCCUGCACAGCUCUGCUGGACGGGGAAGUGACCGUGCAAUCCUUCCACCCCGUCAGUCUCCGGCGACCCGAGCUGCACACUCUGCUGUCCCGGGUGCGUGUUGAGCACCCCAAUGACAACUCCGCCAACUUCGACCUCAUGUAUGCAGAGGUGUUAGUGACGCUGGUCAAUGGGGACGUUCUCAAAGGCCGUUGUAACACGUUCUAUGGGCACUGGCGCAACCCCCUCACCGACAACAGCCUGCAAAGAAAGUUCCGAUCCAAUGCUGGUGCCGUGCUGUCUUCAGAUAAGGUCGAGGGACUGAUAGAAAUUGUAGACAGGCUAGAGCAACUCGAAGACUGCAGCCCUCUCCUCGCUCAGCUUCAGUAGUAUGACUGUCCAGGAGGUGGAGGCGGAGAACCAAACUGAAUGUAGUACAUCAGCUUUAUGUAGUAAGCAUUUUCUACUAAUACAACAGGCAUAGCUGUAAUUGAGGACAAAGCCUCCUGCACAUCAACUUUAAAUGAGACUGUGUGUCACUUAAAGUAAUUUUACUGAAGGAUUUUUUCGCAAUAUUGUAUAUACUUAUAAUAAGUUGUAUCAGCACAUAAAAAUUCUGUGAUCCAAGUUUGAAGGGCUCCCCUUCCCAAUGGAUGAAUGGCAUGAAGAAUAAUGAAAUUAUUUAAAGAUGAUUGAUCAUGCUGUUUGCAUUCUGCAUAAUGUUAAAUGUUUGUCAUAAUGUUACAAUAUAUUCUUGGGCUUUGUACAAGAUGUCAAUCAGCCAUUCAUAGCAUUAACGAACACCAUUCAAUGUGUUUACUAUCAACUCCAGAUUCAAGUGUAAUUAUGUAAUUAUUAAUUAUUAAGUACCAAGUAUUCAUAAUUUAUAUAAUUUGUAAUCUAUUUAUGUAAAUACCAAACUAUAAUCAUAUUGCUUGUUGCAGUGUUGAGUGAAUAUUGGUGAAUUUUUGAAUUGGGGACUACGUAAAAUUCACAGUCUGAAUCAUAUUUGGUAAAAAUGGAUUUGAAAUGGGGGGUGGCAUGGUGGUGCAGUGGUUAGCACUGUUGCCUCACACCUCUGGGACCCGGGUUCAAGUCUCCGCCUGGGUCACAUGUGUGUGGAGUUUGCAUGUUCUCCCCAUGUCGUCGUGGGGUUUCCUCCAGGUACUCCGAUUUCCCCCCCCACAGUCCAAAAACAUGCUGAGGCUAAUUGAAGUUGCUAAAUUGCCCAUAGGUGUGCAUGUGAGAGUGAAUGGUGUGUGAGUAUGCCCUGCGAUGGGCUGGCCCCCCAUCCUGGGUUGUUCCCUGCCUUGUGCCCAUUGCUUCCGGGAUAGGCUCCGAACCCCCCGCGACCCAGUAGGAUAAGCAGCUUGGAAAAUGGAUGGAUGGAUGGAUUUGAAAUGAGUAUCUAGACAGUAACCAUGAGACACAGACCCAGUCAGGCUAGGGCUAAGAUUCAGGUUGCUUUAUUCAUACCCGUAGGUAAAUUUAGCUUACAGGAAUAGUCGGCAUGCAUAUAACCAGCAAACAACCCCAAGCCUGCUCUUUGCAUCGCUCGCCCGUGCAAUCGCCCUCUUAACCAGCUGCGAUCGUGACACGACAUAAGUAUAAUUAUCUAAUCACAUGCAUAAAAUAAUAUUUGAUAAAAUACAUAAGAUCACAUGUAUAAAAUACUAUUAGAAAAUAUAUGAGGAAGUAUGCACUGCCUCUUUUCCUUGCCCAACUAUAGUCGCAUUGUUCAGCUGAAUAACGUACACGGGAACAAAGCUAUUCUCUAUCAUGUGCCUCUUAGUUCUGCCCUUCGGAAUUGGAUAAUGUUUGUUAUUAAAGUAUAUUAAAGCUGUUAUGUUAGGAUGCUAAGAUAUACUUACAUGCUACUUAUGAAUGUUCUAUAAAUGCAUUAUAAAGGUAUUAUAAAGGUGCUGUUAAUAUAAAGCACUAGCAUAACUUUUUUUAUACAGGGGCAAUAGAUUGGGUAACUUUAUGAAA